GAGACCUAUCAUCUAUAACUUGGCUUAGCUUCAACUACCACCCGCUGAACUAGGAAGCAAGGUAAAGAGUAUCUAAGAUUCAACAUGGCGGAACGGAAGAUUCAACUCGUGAAAAUAACCCACGUGUACUACAAGUACCCGGACCUUGAGAAGGCGGUGACAUUCCUGAAGGACUUCGGCUUCACUGAAGAAAAGAGAGUGUCGGAUGAAAAGGUAUACUUCCGAGGAUACGGUACCGACCCGUGGGUGCUGUGCGCCAUCAAGUCAGAUAAACCCGAGUUUGGAGGCGCGGCGUUCGUUGUCGAAUCGGAGGAAGACUUGAAGCUCGCGGCUGAGACAAUUCCAAAAGCGACCAAAAUCUACGAGCUUACAGAUGCGCCGGGUGGCGGCAAGUGUGUAACAUUCUACGAUCCAGUCGACGGGUACCCAUUUCAUCUCGUGUGGGGCCAGGAACCCGCUCCGAUGUUGGAUAUCCCCCUCCCACACGAGCCCAUAAACUAUCCUACCGAGAAGAACCGACCUGUGAACAAGUUCCAGCGAUUCCAGAAGCGGCCUGCUCCGGUACACAAGCUUGGCCACUUCGGUGUGAGGACGACGAAUUUUGCGAAAGCUUACGAGUUCUACUGCAAAUACUUUAACUUCUUGGCUAGCGAUCUCAUUCACGACGACAAAAAGAUUGACCGGACGGUGUUCUACCGCCUAAACAGGGGCGAUGAGGAAGUAGACCACCACGUCUUCUUCUUUGCCGAGGGAGCUACUUACAGAGUACACCACUCCUCAUUCGAGACGCACGACUUCGAUACUCAAGUCCUCGGCCACGACUGGCUACGGGAGAAGGGCUACAAGAACUGCUGGGGCGUUGGGAGACACGUCCUCGGCAGCCAGAUCUUCGACUACUGGUAUGACCCGUUCGGGCUAAUCAUGGAGCACUACGUCGACGGCGACCUAGUAAACGCCUCGGAACCGACGCACAUCUCCCAGGCGGGGCCAGGUAGCCUACAUGUGUGGGGAGAGUUCUUGCCAAAGGACUGAUUUAAGUGCCGGUUAAAGUACCUAUUCCAGAUUGUGUGGUCUCUCGAACUCAAAUGU